AGUGCCUCCAGAGGAUUUUCGUUUUCUUUUUUGGUAUCCUAAGAGCUCUUCUCUGUUGUAGUGCUUUUUUAAAAGCUGCACGCCUGUGCGCACUGCGCAGUGAGAGCCGACAUGAAAUCCGAGACAUCAAACAGGAAAGCGCGAAACUGCGGAAAAUGCGACAUAGUUCUUAAGAUACAGCUGGACUAAGUUCGUAAAGUUAACAUUUGCAUGUUGAUAUAGGAUUCCCCAUCAUUUUCUUUUAGAGGUGUGCUGCAAAUCUUUUGGCGAAGGUUUAGGCCCUGCGGCGCUCAAAGCACUAAGUAAGGCAACCGGUUAGUUUUCACCUCGACAAUAUUAGGCUUAUCCCGUGCAACAAUAGAUACCAUAUUUGUAGGGCAAGAAGUGCGCUUGUAGUACAUGUAGUGCGAGAUAAUGAAGGAAGAAGAAAAGGAACAGUGGUCGAUCUAUAAUUUAGUCUGCCAGAGACAGUUAUAAAUGUCAAAAAAUAUCUAAGGUAGUGGAGGCUUGAGGCUGAGGAAGG